GAAAGAGUACUUUGGGGUAAAAUGGGCUCGUUAGCGCAACCAUUAAACAUUAAACGAUCUACAGGAAGGGAUGGUAGAGAGUACAACACAGAAGCCACGCUGGGGCUAGGGUUUGACACGGAGCAAGGCCAGGGCUUCAUUUCCUAGGUUUUCAACGAGCGAUAUUCACUUGCAUUCGACUGUCAGCAGUUUUAAGCUCAACAGAACGAAUCUCGUAAUAUUAGAAACAGUUCGUUGAUCCUUCUGGACGUUUUACGAAAAAUUUCAAAAUCCUUUUGAAUUUUUUUUCACUGCCGUUGGAGCUCGCUGAAUUUUUUGUGAGAGAUCAUGGCGGAGCACUUGGCUUCUAUAUUUGGGACCGAAAAAGAUAGGGUUAAUUGUCCAUUUUAUUUUAAAAUCGGAGCAUGCCGACAUGGCGACCGCUGCUCGCGUCUUCACAACAGGCCUACCAUAAGCCCUACGCUUCUUUUGUCAAACAUGUACCAGAGGCCGGACAUGGUAACCCCAGGGCUCGAUCCCCAGGGCCAGGCCUUAGACCCCCAUAAAAUUCAGGAACAUUUCGAUGCAUUUUUUGAAGACAUAUAUGAAGAGCUCAGCAAAUUUGGGGAAAUAGAAAACCUGAAUAUUUGCGAUAAUCUGGCUGAUCACAUGGUAGGGAAUGUUUAUGUUCAGUUCAAGGAGGAAGAACAGGCAGCUGCUGCAUUGCAAGCUCUUCAAGGCAGGUUUUAUUCUGGUCGCCCGAUCAUUGUAGACUUUUCUCCUGUGACGGAUUUCCGUGAGGCUACCUGCAGGCAGUUUGAAGAAAACAAUUGCAACAGAGGUGGAUAUUGCAACUUCAUGCAUGUAAAAAAGAUAGGGAGGGACUUGCGCAGAAGAUUGUUUGGACGCUACCGGAGAUUCAAAGGUGGUCGGAGCCGCAGCAGAAGCCGAAGCCGAAGUCUGAGUCCGUUGCCUAGGUCUCGCCGAUCAUAUGAUGACCGUGGGAGUGGGAGGAGAAGUGGUGAUCGUGAUGAUCGAGGGAAUGGGAGGAGGAGUGGCGAUCGUGAUUACAAAAGUGAUAAGGACUAUCGGCGUGGUGGCAGUGGCAGUCGUAGGCCCCGGAGCCCAAAGCGGAAUGAGAGUCCUGCAGCCAGGGAUAGUAGCGCUGAGAGAAGGGCUAGAAUUGAACAGUGGAACAGGGAAAGAGAGGCACAGAAUGGACCUGCUUAUAAUUCUGGUUAUUGAUUUGUACAUCGCUUGGUUUUAAAGUGAAGGUGCAAACAAAUUGGCUGUCGCAUGAAUUUCCUAUAUUUUCCUUGGUGAAAUAUGUGGGUUAUUCUUGAAGUGCUACUGAAAUUGCUCUGGCUUGCAAGCUAACAAAUGGUCAAUCAUGGAUUGCAAUCGGUGCGCAGUAAGCACAAUUCUCUGACCACGAGCUGUGGAUUUAAGGUUGCAAAUGAAUCUGACGUUUAAUCUUUUUUCUUUUGUUUUGAAUAUCUUAGAACUGUAGUGCAAUCCUUGUAUAAUUUAGUUGUUCUCUUAUUCAAAGAUAAACUGAUUCAUGAGAAGUUAUUUCUGUAGGCUUCGAAAUGUAAACAGUCAAAUCCAUUGAAAUGAAAUUUUCUUUGUGUUGUGUAAUAAUGAAA